AUGAACCGUCGCUACAGACCUAGUACAUGCGAGGAAAAGAAAAAGGCCGUAAAAGACAAAGAGAUCCAGGUGCGAGUGUCAGUAUCAUAAAGCAAAGUGGGACUGCCAUCCCAGCCCUCACCACCGGAUUUCAUCAUUCAUUACAUAAUUUUGGUUCCUUUACGUUCACGCUAAAUCAGAAUUAAGGAAAUAAUAAUGUGCCUCUGCAAACUGAUUCUAGGGUUCUAUUUAAGGCGAGGAUUCGGUGGAUCAUGAAUGGACAAUGUUCAGCAUUGAGUUCGCGGGAAGAGCAUCCUCAUCGAUUGCCCGUUUUGGCACCCAAAUCGAAGUCGUAGAUCUCUUCAAAUCCCUCAGAAUAUAUCUGCACAAUCGAAUAUGGGAAAAGGAUAGGGGAUUUGUAUCUCCACAUGUAAAUUUAUUUAUAUAAAAGCGCAUUUCUUUAUCUGGGGUUCGUCUUCGUCGGACUUCUUGGAUUUGAGGGAUAAUGGAGUUUCUCGGACGGUUGGAUUUGUGGUGGUGGGGCGGUGAAAUUUAGUACUACUGUUUUUUAUUUUUUUUUUUAUUUUUAGAAGGGCUCUUUGAUUUGAGGAGAGAAGGGUUUCGUGUCUGCGGGAGAGAGAAGGGAAAAAGGAGAUGAAGGAGGUCAUAGGGAGGCCGGGGACGGUGAGUGGGUUACUUCUGAGGAUAGGACAAUGUCUAUUUGCUGCUGCUUCGAUCUCAGUUAUGGUCUCUGCUCAUGAGUUUUCUAUCUAUACCGCUUUCUGUUAUUUAAUUGCAUCAAUGGGGCUUCAACUACUGUGGAGCUUGGGGCUUGCGUGUCUUGAUGUCUAUGCCUUGAGGAUAAAGAGAGACCUUCAAAAUCCAGUCCUAGUGAGCCUGUUUGUUGUUGGUGAUUGGGUGACGGCUACGCUAUCACUUGCUGCUGCAUGCUCAUCAGCAGGGGUUAUUGUCCUCUAUGCCAGAGACUUGGAUUUCUGUGCAUCUGAACCCCAUCUUCAGUGCAACAGGUUCGAGAUAUCUGUAACUCUGGCUUUCAUCACCUGGAUUCUCAUAACUAUUUCUUCGCACGUGAUGUUUUGGAUCUUACCCUCGGUUUAAAUGAUUCAUUCUCCCCUGUUUCCUUCCGCAAUAUGCACAAAAACUGGCAGGCUUCACUGCUUUCUAUGUGUCACAUGUAAAAUCUGUUGUUUAUAUAGUGCAUGCCCUUAUUUUUGGUCA